AUGACUGCUCCUACACAUAUUACCGAGCCCGACCAGGAGAAGGGCAUGUCCAAGAGCCAGCCUCCCCAAAUGUCCGACAUUGAGGACGCCCCUCCUGCGUUCGACAAUACACAAGUUCUUGAGGAUGAUGAGGAAGCCGAAUGGAUUGAUUACAAGACAUUGACGUGGUGGCAGGGUGGUAUCGUCCUAAUUGCCGAAACCGUCUCCCUUGGUAUCCUGUCCCUACCCUCCGUCCUCGCUACAGUCGGCCUCGUUCCCGGAAUCAUCUUGAUCCUUGUCAUGGGAUGUCUGUCGACCUACUCUGGUGUUGUCCUUGCCGAAUUCCGAAAGCAGUAUCCGUUCGUUCGCAACUUUGGUGAUGCCGUCGAAGUCAUUGGAAGGUCCGUCGGGAUGGGCCCGCUGUUCCAGGAGAUUUUCGGUUGGGCCCAGGUCAUCUUCCAGGUUUUCGUCAUGGGUAGCCAUCUUUUGACGUGGACCAUUUGCCUCAACACUCUCACCAACAGCUCGACGUGUACCAUUGUCUGGGCCGUCGUGGGAUUGGGUGUUUUCUGGGUCUGCAAUCUUCCUAGGACGCUCAAGUAUACCAGUUACAUGUCCAUGGCCUCUUGCCUUUCUAUCACAACUGCUGUGCUCAUUACCGUUGUCGACGUUGCUGUGCAGCGUCCCAUCGGCAGCGGCAGCAUCCACGUCGCGAACGAGCUUGGAUUCACCAGCGCUUUCCUUGCCGUCACUAAUAUUGCCAUUGCUUUCUCGAGUCACUCUUGCUUCUUCGCCGUUAUUGCCGAGUUCAAGAACCCCGACGACUUCCCCAAGGCUCUCGCCUUCCUCCAGAUCGCCGAUACCACUCUUUACCUCCUCGCCGCCAUCGUCAUCUAUGUCUUCGUCGGCCCGGGCGUUCCUUCUCCCGCUCUUUCCGCUGCUGGAUCUCCUAUCGUCCGAAAGGUCAUUUGGGGCAUUGCCAUUCCGACCAUCGUAAUUGCUGGUGUCAUUUACGGUCACGUCGCCGCCUCCUACAUCUUCUCCCGAAUCUUCAAGAACAGCAAGCACCUGGUCCGCAGGACCAAGCUCUCCACCCUUGUCUGGUUCGGCGUCACCUUCGCCACCUGGGCCAUCUCCAUGAUCAUCGCCGAAUCCAUCCCCGUCUUCAACAGUCUCCUCGGCCUCGUCGCCGCCCUCUUCGUCAGCUGGUUCUCCUACGGUCUCCCUGGAAUCUUCUGGCUCUGGAUGCACUGGGGCAACUGGUUCACCGACGGCAAGCAGAUCGCCCGCUUCGUCGGCAACGCUACGCUUGUAGUUUUCGGUGGCAUGCUUUGCGUCCUUGGCUUGUGGUCCUCGAUUGAGGCUAUUGCUGAGGGAGGAUCCUCGAAGCCCUGGACUUGCGCCAGCAACGCCGCGGUAUAA